AUGUCGAUCAAGAAGGCCAAAGGCUUGUGGCUGAGCUGGCUGAGCAGGUCAGGAAAGAACGACUUGCGAAAGAAGAAGCUGAACAACGUGCGAAAAGAGAGCAAGGGAAUUCUCGAAGACAGCACAAGAAAGAGAUGCGAGAAGCAGAGCUUCGAGCGAAACAGGAAGCAGAGCAUCGAGCGAGGCAAGAAGCAGAGCAUCGUGCAAGACAAGAAGCAGACUACUGGGCGAGACAAGGAGCAGAGUAUUGGGCGAGACAAGCGGCAGAGCAUCACGCAAGACAAGCAGCAGAGCAUUACGCAAGACAAGCGGCAGAGCAUCACGCAAGACAAGCAGCAGAACAUUACGCAAGACAAGCGGCAGAGCAGCGUGCAAGACAAGAAGCAGAGCAGCAUGCAAGACGAGAAGCAGAGCAGCGCGCAAGACAAGAAGCAGAGCAGCGUGCAAGACAAGAAGCAGGGCGUGCAAGACAAGAGGAAUCGAGGAGGCGCACGACCGGCUGUGACCACAAUACAUUGUGGGUCAGAGUUGAAGGCCAACAUACUUGUGCACUCUGUACCCGAACACUUGACGCAUUCGCAAUGCAAUGUUUCGGUUGCAGUACCAACGCGUGUGUAUCAUGCGGACAAAUCUUGA